UUUGCACUGUGACAAAAUGUCCACCAAAUUAUUCUGUGUGCUGUUAGCAUUCUGCUUUGGGGUGAUUUACUGUUAUCUUGAAAUAAUACCAGAAAGGAUAGAUAUACCUUUUACUCAUCCGGAUCACGUCGUGAAUGCCUCGGCGAUAGUGAAGCGCUACGGGCGACGAAGUCCUUACUACAUAGUCGGUAGGAUAACAUUGAAACAGACAUGGAACAACAAUGUCACGAUUCACAUGGAUGUUUACGAAUACCUUCACAAUGAGUACCGGCUCUCUUUCAUGACGGUACACAAUAAGUUAUGCAACCUCAUUAAUACAGACAUAUUAUUGGGAAUCAUACUUCGUAGAUUAGACAUCGGUUGUCCUUUGUAUCCGGGUUUAGUUGAGGUUCGGAAUGCUACAUUCAAAUGGGAACAUUUUCCGUACGUGAUUCCGUACACUAAGGCCUUGGCUAAUAUAACGCUGCAUCACAGCGCCACCAACGAACUGUUGAUGUGGUUGAAAUUGCAUGUCCGCGUCAAGCAACACGGAAACAAGAAGAACUAGAUAAUACUUUGAAUAAAUGCUUUCAUCAAUCGAAACGCCUUAAACGCCUUCAUACCAUGUUCCAACAUUUAAAAUAAAAUUAAUAAUAUUGAUUUGUCCA